AUUGCCCUGACUUUGCCCCACAUCUAUAUUUUCCACAUUUCCCCACUACAACCAACCAUUGAAGCCCAUCAUCUGAUCUCACUGCCUUUACCAAUCCCUCCCCUCUGCACACCUGAACAUCAAGCAACCAAGCAAGCAAUCCAAGCUCUCCACAGAAGCACUAAAUCAAUGGCAGCAACCAUGGCUACAAUGGCAAUAAUCAAUGCCAAGUGCAUGAGCACCAACACCCCCAAGGUCGUCACCAAGCUAACCACAAAACCCACCUUCCUUCUCUCACUUCAAAACCUCCCAAAAGGCCUAACCUCCUCAAAACCAGUUGAAAUUCCCAGCAUCAACAUGUCACCUUUGGCCAGCACAGCAAUUGCUGGAGCCAUCUUCUCCACCUUGAGCUCCUCUGACCCUGCCAUGGCUGCUCAACAGAUUGCCCAAAUAGCCGAAGGGGACAACCGUGGCCUUGCUCUUCUGCUACCCCUCAUUCCAGCCAUAGCUUGGGUUCUCUUCAACAUCUUCCAGCCAGCCCUGAACCAGAUCAACCGCAUGCAGAACAAGGGGGUCAUCGUGGGGCUUGGGCUUGGUGGGUUGGCUGCAUCCGGAUUCAUUUCAACACCACUUGCCUCAGCCAGUGAAAUUGCCAUGAUUGCUGCUGAUGCUCCUGCUAAUGACAACAGGGGCCAGCUCUUGCUGAUUGUGGUUGCUCCUGCCAUUGUUUGGGUCCUGUACAACAUUCUACAACCGGCUUUGAACCAAAUCAACAAGAUGAGGUCUUAGUGAGAUGGGAAAUGGUCAAGGGUGCGAUGGCACAAUGUUAAUUAAUUUACUUGUAAUAUUGCAACUUUUGUUAAUGGGAUUAAUUAAUAUUCUCUCUUUUCAUAUUAGCA